AUGAAGACGAUGAGAAUGCUUUUAGACACGGGGGAAGCCGAUAUCGAUUGCACGUACCAAGGACGAACUGCAUUGUCAUAUGCAGCGGAGGUGGGGGAGGAGCCAGUGAAACUCUUACUAUCACUCGAUGCAGUGAAUCCUGCGUUGAAAGAUUGUCACGGCAGGACUCCCCUUAAUUAUGCUGCAUUGCGUGGUGAUGUGGCAGUCAUGAAAGUUCUUCUAGAUACCGGGAAAGUGGAUGUUGAUUCCCCGGACUUCGAGGGUCUGACACCAUUUUCAAUUGUCACUGAUAUCAGACGAUACGAAAACAAGAAAGCAGUCCAGUUCUUACUAUCUUUGAAGACAAAGCCCCGAGACUGA